AUGCCCGCAGCUGUUGACGAGAUGGCAACUACAAGUUCACAGAGCGCCAUGGAUGCAAACGAUAAAAAGCGCAAUAAAUUGGGAUAUCAUCGAACCUCUGUCGCAUGCGUGCACUGUCGGCGACGAAAGAUCAGAUGCCUUGUAGCGCCAGAUGAUACGGAAGGACGAUGCGAGAACUGCAUUCGAUUGCGAAAGGACUGUCAGUUUUUUCCAGUGGAUCAACAACCACCGAUUGAAAAGAAAUCACGACCAAGCUCGAGGCUGGAAACACCUUCAACUGAGCGCUCGAACACUACGCCAAUUGCUUCCUCUCCGACCAACUUGAUGCCCGAUCCUGCCGAGACUUUUUAUCCGUACCAGACUAUGCCAAUGAGUGCCUCAACCGGGCAGGACAUGUCAACGUACAACGUCGGAAUGGUUCAAACGAGCAUGAGUCUAACGCCAGACCGACCCAUGGGACCAGGAGACUUUGCCGGGCAUCACCCGAUGGAGACUGGAGUCGCGUGGGACGAAUUUACGACAAUAGCGGACCCGCAACUGUUGAAUACGAUGGCAACUGGAAAGGGCCAGAUGAUGAAUAUGCCGCCCCAAAUGUGGAAUCCCGGGAGCAUGCCCCCAGGACUACCUUCAGGCCUGCCCCCGCCCUCGCCGAUAUCCGCAGCGUCUUCGAUGGGAGGCCAGGCGCAACCUAUGGGCCCAACACCAGCAUAUGCUAUGCAGCCAGACGGAACAGUCUGGCAAGUACCGCCGCCGCCGCCACGGACAAUGAGCUACCCUGGACAAGACAUGGAACCCUCAUACCCUAAUCAAUUCCAACCACAUAUGCCCCCGGAGCUCAAACGGCGAAUGACUACACCCGCCCAAUCUCUGUCUGCCACAAGUGCAAUGGGCUCUCCAGUAACACCGGAGAUGCAGACCCCCGGAUCAGUCUCAUACUCACCGGGCAUGAACUACACGCAAUGGCAGGAUAUGAGUGCCAUGUCUGGAAUGGGCGUGGUACAAUAUCCCAUGUACGCUGGCGACGCAAUCCCACAACAUCCUUAUCCUACCAACCCUUCUCCGAUGGGACACCCCGGGACCUCAGCGCGGUCACCAAACCAUUAA